UGACGACACAUUUGUGCGCCGGAUAUGUCUCUUCUCCCCYAUCGCCGGAAUGCUGAUGUGUUUAAAAAAAUGACAAGGCAAGGAGAAAACGGAAUUUGAACACUAUUACGAUUAAAUAAAAAGGUAGAGUGGAUCCGAGGACAAAGCAGACGGAGUGGAGAAGAUAAUCUGCAGCGAGACACGGAGCGAAUGGCGCCCAAAGGUAAAGUCGGCACGAAGGGAAAAAAGCAGAUCCACGAUGAGAACGAAGCCACGCUGAAGUUCUACAUCAGAGUCAUCCUUGGAGCCAACGCCAUAUAUGCUGCUGUGAAUUUCUUGGUUUUCUACAGUAGUUGUACAUUUUGGACAUGGCUGCUGCUAGUGUUCGCCGUGGCCGUGUACGUUGGCAGUUACCGCUCCAUGUCGGCCAUGGCCAAGCCGGCGUUUGCUGAGGACGGGAGUCUCCUGGACGGGGGGAUAGAUCUAAACAUGGAGCAGGGCAUGGCCGAACAUCUGAAGGAUGUAAUCCUGCUGACGGCCAUAGUUCAAGUGCUGAGCACCAUCUCUGCAUAUUUCUGGUAUCUCUGGUUGCUG